AUGCAGCCUACAGCAUCUACCCUUUCCACCCGAUUGACGGCUGUGGAGAACGCUCGGUCAGCGCUGCAGCUGCUUCGGUCCGGCACGGCGGCGAUCGACCUAAUUCUCGCGGAGGUGGAGCUGCCGAACGGCAAGGGCAUGAAGAUGCUCAAGCUUAUUGCGCGCGAAGAGCGCCUACGGAAGAUACCGAUAGUCAUGAUGUCGGCGCGCGAUGAGAUGGCCAUUGUCGUGCGCUGCCUGCGUCUCGGCGCGGCGGAUUUCCUCGUGAAGCCAUUGCGGACGAACGAGCUCCUCAACCUCUGGACGCACAUGUGGCGCCGCCGCCGAUCGGCGUCUUGCAAGUUCGGUCUGACGGAGCGGCCGCAGAACCUGGUGCCUGUGAGCAUGAACGACCUGCCACACGACUUCGUGUUCAUCGACACGAGCGAGUCGAACACGGGCACUGGCAGCACGGACCUAGAGCAAGUGGCGCGCGCACAGGCGGAACCAGAAGAGGGGAGAAAGGGAGGCGGAAGGGGGGGCGGAGGAAGGGCGAUGGCGAAGGGCGGGGAAGAGAAGGAUGAGGAGGUGUGGAGAGGGGUGAGGAGGGGAGGUGAACGGGGAAGAGUUGGGGAGGGAAAUAAGGCGGUGAGAGAAGCAUGUGAGGCGGUUGCCUCUAGGCGCUUGAGCGUGGAUGAUGCGGUUGGGAGCGGUGGAGUGCAGCAGGCAGGCGAUGCUGGGCGAGAUGAGGAUGAGCAUGCGAAGGGGGUGGCACACGAGGUGCAACAGCUGGGGAUGGCAGGAGGACAGGCAAUGGGUGUCAAGAAUGACGGUGCUGCUGGUGCUGCUGCUGCUGAUGAUGAUGUUCGUGCUGCUAGUGGGUGUGGUGAUUGCGUAAUGGAGAGAGGAAUGGGCGACCCAAAUGAGGGGAUACAGCCCUGUGAAGCGGAUGCAAGGGCUCGCCAGCCAUCACCGCACCUGGAGCUCUCUCUCAUGCCGCCUCUCACUCGCCGGCUGCUCCCUCCGCCCUUCCUCCCUCCUCCUCCUCCUAUGCCUCCUGCAAUCAACACUUCAGCAGCGCUCGCCUCCUCUACUUCCUUCAACCCAUCCCUGCUUGCCUGCUCUCCGUUCACCGGCGCUCCACUGCUCUCCUCUGCAGCCCCAGUCAACGCCUUGUUGGGCCCAUCCGCACCUGCUCUCAACGCCUCGUUGCUCGCUUGCUCCAUAAAUCUCAGCUCGCUUGCCGCUAUCACCACGCCACCAGGUGCAUCUGCGACUGUUGGGGGGCUGCCAGCAGCACGCUUUUCUCUCUCUGCCACAGCCGCUGCCCACUCCUCCGCUACUCAUGCUGCCCUGCCCGAGGGCCUCACUCAAGACAACUCCUUGCCACUUCUCACCGCCCCACCCCUGCCGUCCGUUCCCUCUGCCCCUGACGCGAGUGCGGCUGCGGUUGCGGCUGCUGGCACACGCGCGGCCCUUUUCAAGCAGGGGCUCUUCAGCGCCCUCCUCGCCUCACCAGAUGCUCCCCUGCAGAGCUCCGCAAGCCACAGGGACGGUGCGGGCUGUGGUGCAGGACGCGGCAGUGGAGGGCGAGGAGGUGGGAAAGGGGAGGGGGAGAUUGAGGAUGCAGAGGCGGGAGUAGAGGCUGAGGGAGGGCGCUGGGCGGGAGAAAGGGUGAUUGGGCAGGUGGAAGGAUCUGGGGAGACAGGCAGGGAGGGCGACGUUGUUCUUGGAGCAGCAUUAACGCCCAUAGAAGCAACAGGCGCAGGUGCAGGGGCAUCUGGGGGAGGUGGUGCGCCAGGCAGCGGGGGAAGCAGAACUGGAGGCGGAAGGGGGGCGAGUCUAGGGGGAACGGGGCGAGGCGAGGUGGCUCAGCAGCUGCAGGCGCUGCAGGCACAGGACAUGUGCGGCAAUGGCUGUGGCAGCAGCAGCCGUGCUACUGACUACACUGCGCACAACCACCCUGUGGCACCGAUGCACGCAGGCACCCUUGCCAGUGCUGGCAGCAGCAUGACCGGCGGACAGCUGGCGUCGUCCAAUUGGUGGGGCAGCACCGGCACCGGCACAGGCAUGGGCACAGGCAUGGGCAUGGGUGAAGGCAUGGGGACAGGCAUGGGCAUGGGGACAGGCAUGGGCACAGGCAUGGGCACAGACAUGGGCACGUGCAUGGGGUCUGCUUGGGACAGCAGCUCGAUCAGCGCAGGACCCCUGCCCCCAACCUCCACAGCAGCAGUAGCCUCGGUGCAAGCCAUGCCCAUCCUUCCUCACAACCCCUUCUCCUUAUUCUCUGCAAUCUCCCCUCCCCAGCCGUCCCUUGCUGGGCCGGGGGUCCUACACCCUGGCACACAGCCAGGACACCUUGCUGACAUGGCGGCGGGUGCAUCCUUUCUGGCAGCAGGUGCGGGAGGGGAUGGUGGGGUGGCGGGUUACCCCUGGCCGGGGCAGGCGGGGGGAUUGCAUUUCUCUGCGGCGUCAAUGGCUGCGGCAGCGGCUGCUGCUGCAACAGCUGCAUCAGGUGGAAUGGGGUUGUGCGGAGGAGGAGAAGCAGGUGGGGGAAAUGUGGGAGGUGGUGUUGGUCCAGGGGGAGUGGGGGUGCAGGUGGAGAGGCGAGUGGAGAUGUAUGAUAGGAGGGAGGCAGCUCUGUGCAAGUUUAGGCAAAAGCGCAAGGAUAGGCCGACGAAUUCGGGCUCCUCCGAAUCGUCAGAUGCGGCGUUUCUCGCGGCCCUCACGUCGCUAGCAGCUACUCCACUGAACGAGCAGGGGAACGUGCAUGCACACGAGCAGGGACAUGACGUGCACACCAGCAGCUCCGAUGCAAGGCUAGCGGCUCUUCUCGGGAAUGAUUCAGCGUGGAAAACGGGGCUCACUGGGGCUGAUUCGUCCCCCGAAUCUGCUUCGUCGUUACGGCUCGGCGCCCAUGCCAGUGACUCUGGUUCGGCUGGUGCAGCUGACGUGGCCGGCUCGGGGAAGGCGCCGCAGAAUGCGGGUGAUCCGUACGGGAAGAGAGUGCUGGGGCGAGCCGUGGUGCAGUGGAUGUCGCGCGGGAUUGCGCUGAUGGCGCAGGACGUGGCGGAGCGGGAGGCGCGCGGAGAGGAGGGCUUGGAGGGGUUGGCUGCAGGCGGAAGCAUGGCGGUGUUGGCGCUGGCGCACGAUUACCUGCAGAGGGAACCAAAGACAGAUGGCGAGCAGCAGCGGUGCCACGUGGCAAUGAAUCAUUACCCCACGGUCCUGGACCACCUUCAGCGGGAGCUUCAGGCGGAGCUGAAGAGGCUACAUGCUCAGCAGGCGAAUACGGGGGAGCAGCAAGGCAAGCCUGCUGUGAAAGCAUGGAACGAGAGUGCUUCGUGGAACCUUCUGAAACAGCUCAUGCGAUCUGACGAGCACCGCGCUACCAUCCGCCAGCCAAUCAGCUCUCUCGCCGCUUCCGCCACUGCCUCCCAGACGCGCCAGACAAACUUCGCCGCCCUCCUCUCCCCCUCCGCACUGCAAGCCGCCCAGCAGCGAAUCAACGCCUACGUGGCAACGGCCACUGAGCUCCUCCAAUUGGAGCGAGACGCUGAGCUGGACGCAGUCGCUGCUGAGGUCAGCAACACGCAGCCAACCCCCCCCUCCGAUCGCCCAGACCCUGAAGCCAUGAGCGAGAGUGCAAGAGAGAGGAGGAGGCGGAAGGAGCGAGGAGAAGUGGAGCGAGGGCUAGCGAGAGAGGGAGGUACCCUGACGGACUUAGUCGCUGUGGGAACGUCUACUGGGCUCUCCGGCGUGCAUCUCAUCACCCUCGCUUCCCCCAGCGCGGGUCUUCUGUCUGCCUCCACUCUCUCCCCUGGCGACGCCAUAUGUCUCUCCCCUGACUGGUCCAAAUGCAGCCGCAUCGGCAGUGGGAGCAAGGCUGAAGCACGUGCUGCUGCAGGAGCAACGGUGGCUGCUGUGUGCUACAGAGGGUAUGUGCACGAGAUGGGGGAGGAUGGGCAGAGCCUCGUGGUUGCACUGGACGGGAAGCUUGGUGUGGGCAGCAGCAGCGGCACACGAAGUGGAGGGAGCACAAGUGGGUCGGAGAGUGAAGGGGAGGGCGGGAACAGUGGCAGCGGCAGUGGGAGAGGGGCGUCGUCGCCGCUGUAUCUGCAGGAGCUGUUUGGCGUGGCGCUCAGAGUGCAGCGCAUGUCGGGACUCGUGGACUUCACAACGUUCGAGCGCAAUCGCGAGGCACUGGAGCGACUCAGAUCGGCCGCGCUGAAGCCCAAGAGCCCUGCUCGCGCCGUGGCUGCUGCCCUCUUCGCUCCCCCCCGUGCUGCUGCCCCCGCAUCAGCUACACCACCAGCAUCAGCUGAAGCGUCUGGGAUUUCAGCAGACAGCACGCCACCAUCACUAUCACCCGCCUCCCUGUCCUCCUCCCCGUCCUCCUCACCGUCCCCCUCCCCGUCCGCCUCUUCCUCCCAUCUUUCGCCCUCCUCCCUCUCCUUCGAUGCAAGUCAGCUAGCAGCCAUUCAUCUCGCCCUGGACCCUGCCCGCCCCGUGGUGGCCAUCCAAGGCCCCCCAGGCACCGGCAAGACGUCCGUCGUCACUGAAAUCAUCAGCAGGGCAGUCAGAGAGGGGCGCCGAAGGGAGAGAACAGAGGAAGCGGAGAGGGAAGAUACGGACAUGCAGGGGGUUGACGAGGAGGAGGUGCUGGAAGGCAGUGGGGGAGUGCACGCUGGGAGGGAAGCACGGGAGGGUGCGAGGGCAAGGAAGAAGCAGCAACAUACGAAGAAGCAUCGGGUGCUGGUGUCAGCUCCCACCAAUGCAGCAGUGGACGUGCUCGUGGAGCGCCUCGCCUCCCAAGGCCUGGGAGUCGCUCGGGUAGGCAACCCCAUGCGCCUCUCCCCGGCCGUCACCCCCUAUUCCCUGGACCACCUCGUGGCCGCCCGCCUGCGCUCCUUCCACCGCGACGUUGCCCGGCGCCGCCGCGACCUGCGCUCAGAUCUCCGUGCCGUGGGCUCCGACUCCUCUCUGCGCUCCGCGCUGCAGAAGAUGCUGCGGCGCCUGGCACGCGUGGAGAAGCAGCGGGAGAAGGAGGAGGUCGCGCAGGUGCUGGGGGAAGCCGACGUGAUUCUCUGCACCACCACGGGGGCCGGGGAGAGGGUCGUGCAGGAGAUGGCGCGGCAGGAGGGCGGGUUCGACCUGGUGGUCCUGGAUGAGGCAGGGCAGGCUACGGAACCGUCUAGCUGGAUACCUUUACUGCUGGGGAGACGAGCAGUGGUGGCAGGGGAUCCGUGGCAGCUGGCGCCUACUGUACAGUCUGUGGAAGCGCAGCAGCGUGGGCUGGGCGUUUCGCUCAUGGAGAGAAUUCAGGAGGAGGGGCUGCUGGGGAGUGGAGGGGGAGAGGGGGCGGUGGAGAGCGGUGGGGAGCAGUUGGAAGGUAGUGUUGCGAUGCUGAGAGUGCAGUACCGCAUGCAUAAAGCCAUCUCGGAUUGGAGCUCUGAGGAGAUGUACCAUGGGCAGCUCAUGGCCUCGCCUUCUGUCGCCACCCGCACCCUGGCUGACAUCAAACUGCCUGCUCCUCCUGCCCCGCACUCCCAGUCUCAUUCAUCAUCGCCAUCCACCCAUUCCUCCUCCUCCCACUCCCUCCUGUCUCUCCUGGCUCAUCCCAUGCUUCUGAUUGACACGCGCUCCCCCCGUGGUCUGCUGCACGAGCACUGUGAGGAGGCGCCUGAUGCAGCAGGCACGGGGUCGCUGGUCAACGAGGGCGAGGCCGAUCUGGUCGUGGAUCACGUCGCUCGUCUGCUCUCGGCCGGCGUGCCGCCCGGCUCCAUCGCCGUGCAGUCGCCGUACCUCGCCCAGGUGCAGCUCAUCCGACAGCGCCUGGAGGAGCGCCUGGGCGGCGUCGUUUGGCCGUAUGCUGCGGCGAGGGAGGCCGGGGAGGGAGAGGAGGGAGGGGAAGGAGGGGGUGGGGGGGAGUGGGAUGUGGGGGCGGUGGAGGUGGCGAGUGUGGAUAGCUUUCAGGGGAGGGAGGCGGAUGCUGUCAUUAUCUCCAUGGUGAGUGGUCCUCUGCAUACAAGCAUGCUUUUGUGA